GUGCGAUGUUAUCUGGUUUCACGCACAUGAGCAUUGCGAUAGUCGCGUUGCUUGUCGAGGCUACGCACGAUAUGGACAUGGUGAUCCCUAUUCUGGUCUCCAUCGGCUUCGCCACUCUGACGAAUAAGUUACUAGGCGGCGACAAUUUCGAUGAGACUUUGAUAAAGCUGAAGAAAGUGCCGCUUUUGCAUCCGGAACUGAAAUUGGACUCGAAGACGAAGAAUGGUAUGGCUCCUUCAAGGUCAUUAUACUCAAGGUCAUAUCAUCAGGUGACCUUGCUGCAAGUCGUGCUCUGAGUUGAUUACUAUCUUGCGUGCACCAGAAUUCCGAGCUGUAAUAAUUGUUACAGGACGGCACUGCUUUCUUGAUGUGCUUAAGAACUCUAGUUGAGUAGACUGUAGGCUUUUUUUUGCUUGCUUCUAUGUUUUCUUUUUCUCGAUUGUCCUGCGUAUAGGCUUGUAGUAGUAUAUGGGACAUGUUGGUGAUGAUGAUAGUUCUCUUCUCUAACCCUGUUGGAGAUGUGAUGGAGCUAUUCUCGCGAGAUACUCCUCAGCUCAAGACCGAAGACACGAAAUUAACCGACAUCAUAAAGCUGCUUGAUUUGCAUCCUAGUUUGAGCCAUUUCGUGGUCACCGCUAGUGACGACGAUGCGGCUGAAGCAAAUCCUUCUUCGAGUCUAGUCAAUGGGUCAGCUGGACUGAGUGGGAGUGCAGGUGCUUGCGAGGUACAAAUGACUAAGGGAGUCGUUGAUGAUGGAGUUGCUGAUAGCAGCACAGGGAGAGUCGGCAGCGAACGCGAAGACGAAGGAAGUGGUGAUCAUGACGCUGGAGACCACGUAGACUCCCCAGACUACGUAGAUUUUCCAGACAAGUACCGGUCAGCCGACGACUUUUCGAUGUUGAAGACCGACUUAGCUGGCUCCCUCUAUGCUCCACCCGAUUCGCAACAUGGGUCUUCUCCCUGGUGCGGCAAUACAGGGGAUGAUAGAAGCGACGGUGAGCAAGGAGCCCUAGCUCUAGAUCAAGGUGUACUACCCGGACGAGAUCCACCUGGUGGUCGUGGAUCCCAGGAGACCGAGAAGUCGUUUUUUCCAGAUGACCACCUGCAGGCACCACAGGAUGCUCCGGGGACUGGUUGUAAUAGGGCAGAACCUGCUUCAAGAGCACUUAUAGCACCUGUGAUUUCCAUGGAAGGCAUACACUCACUUGCAGUCCCACCGUCAACUACGCAGGAACGUGGCGGUCAUCUGACCAUUGACGUUGAUGCUGCGUCGUCGUCCGCAUGCUCCACGUGCGACCGACCACGGACUAGGACAUCACGCAAUACUCUCUAUCGCGAGCAGUCGUAUUACAACAACCUUGGGCCUAAAGUCGAAGUGGUUGGCCUGAUAACACGGCAGCGACUCGAGAAAGUUCUAAGUUAUGUAGAAGGUAGCCGUAGCGCUCUUUGAUACAAAGAUCAAUUUACUCUUUUUUGUUUUUCUUAGUUUUUAGGCUGGCUUCACCACCACCACUAAUAUCCUUUGCUAACUCCAGUAACAACUUUCAUACUUACUGAUGUGAGCUCGUCUAAUCUAGCGUGCACCAGGGCCGACUGUACGCGGGCACGAGGAUGCAGCGACUAUCACAAGCUGACCUUGGAAAUAGCGAGAGUGGGGAUGAAUCCCUGGUCCUCGAGGAGGAGGACGACUUUUUAGAAAUACACCAGCGUCAGUCUCUAGUCCACCGAUCACAGAGCGAUCGCCCGGGCGAUGUUGCACCUGGGUUUUUACUGCGCAGUCUCGAUAGUGAGGACUUCAACAGCAUUCAGGUAUUCUUAAGACGAAGAUUUUUUCUCGCAAGAUUUUACGUUGGAAUUUGCUGAUUUCAAUUUGAGAUAAAGAUGAUCCAAGAAAUUUUGAUUUUAUCUUGUUUUAAUUGAAUUCAUUUCGUGAUAAGAGUUUUUCCCAGGAUUUCAGCAUCAAUCAUGCACUUUCUGAAAAAGUCUUGAUUCGACAUUUCAAUAUUCGAUUUCAACUGAAAAUCCAAAAAAUUUCGUUUUUAUCGCCUUUUAAUCGAAUUUAUUUUCUGAUGACGCGUUUUACACAAAAUGUAUCUCGAGAUAAAUUUCUGGUGAAGAGAGUCUCCGUAUUGAAAUCUAGGAGUAAUGACUGUACUUUUAAUCUUUUUUUAGAUGGAAACUUGGACAUGACAGGAUUUUUUGAUAGAAUUGUCAAAGUUUAGACAGAAAGAUUUAGAUCAUUCAAAACAAAAAACCCUCACAGCCUCGUUUGCAAUGUGUCGAAUCCAGCGAUGAGAUGGUGCCUGGAUUUCGCAGCUGCUCGAUGUCAGAAUCUAGUGUGUUCCAACGCACACUGAUGCUGUGGAAAAGUCGAAUACGCGGUGAGCACGUUUCCCCUUGUGUUAUGGCUUGAUAUGAUCAUGUAGUUGUUGCUCAAUUCUUCGAUAUUCAAAUCCACCGCUCGCUAAUUUGAGCAAAGGGUCAUCCCAGAACGCACCAUCUAGUGGCAGACUUGCGAGUUACUUUUCUUCUCCAAGCCGUGGACGCUCCAUCAAUCUCACGUUUGGCGGUAGUAGCAGUAGUAGCUGUACAACAGUCCAGGAGGAAGAAGUGGAUAUUCCCGAACAAGAUGGAGGCCAAGAAUCUCGACAUGUAGUUUUCGUAGGUCAAUCUUGUUUUGCUCCCUCGGCAGGUGCGGGAGUAGACUCUCAAUAUCAACAGCAGGGUGCUGGACAAUUAUAUGGUGCUUCUGAAGGACGUCCGCCGUCGAGCUAUCGUUCAUGGAGAACUAUGAUCUUUGGGACGACAAGUAUGAGCGACGUGUUGAAAGAUCGAGGAAAACAGCACUACUCUGACGACCAGAGUAGGAACUUUUCUAGUUGUCACCACGAGGAGGGUCAAGAUGGUAUGAUACCAUCCGGCGUCGAUCAUGACAGAACCCCUCGUGCUCGCUCCGCUUCUAGAAGAGAAUUGGAUGAUCAAGCAGGAAUAGCAC